CGACUACGCACCAAAAUGCCUGGCGGACGACGUGGACUUGUUGCUCCACAGAACACAUUCCUUGAGAAUAUAAUACGGCGCUCCAAUUCGCAGCCGGACAGCUCGUUUCUAUUGGCCAACGCACAAAUCGUCGAUUUUCCGAUCGUCUACUGCAAUGAGUCCUUCUGCAAGAUUAGCGGCUACAACCGAGCCGAGGUCAUGCAGAAGUCGUGCAGGUAUGUAUGCGGCUUCAUGUACGGCGAGCUGACAGACAAGGAGACGGUUGGACGUCUGGAGUAUACGCUCGAGAAUCAGCAGCAGGAUCAAUUCGAAAUAUUGCUCUACAAAAAGAACAAUAUACAAUGUGGCUGCGCCCUCUCGCAGUUUGGCAAGGCACAAACCCAAGAAACGCCGCUAUGGCUGCUGCUUCAGGUGGCGCCCAUACGCAACGAAAGGGAUUUGGUUGUGCUAUUCCUAUUGACGUUUCGGGAUAUAACGGCACUGAAACAGCCCAUCGACAGCGAGGAUACCAAAGGUGUUUUAGGUCUCUCCAAAUUCGCCAAGCUGGCGCGAUCCGUCACACGCAGCCGCCAGUUCAGCGCCCAUUUGCCCACGCUCAAGGAUCCAACGAAGCAGUCGAAUCUGGCGCACAUGAUGUCACUGAGCGCGGAUAUUAUGCCACAGUACAGACAGGAAGCGCCAAAGACGCCCCCACACAUACUCUUGCAUUAUUGUGCAUUUAAGGCGAUUUGGGACUGGGUGAUAUUGUGUUUAACAUUUUAUACCGCCAUCAUGGUGCCAUAUAAUGUAGCGUUUAAAAAUAAAACUUCAGAGGAUGUUUCCCUGCUCGUUGUGGACUCAAUAGUUGACGUCAUCUUCUUCAUAGAUAUUGUGUUAAAUUUUCACACCACUUUUGUCGGGCCCGGCGGUGAGGUGGUCAGCGAUCCGAAGGUCAUACGAAUGAAUUAUCUGAAGUCAUGGUUUAUCAUCGAUCUGCUCAGCUGUCUGCCCUACGAUGUCUUCAAUGCGUUCGAUCGCGACGAGGACGGCAUCGGUUCGCUCUUCAGCGCCCUCAAGGUCGUGCGUCUGUUGCGUUUGGGUCGUGUCGUACGCAAGCUGGACCGAUAUCUGGAGUAUGGUGCAGCCAUGCUGAUACUUCUGCUAUGCUUCUAUAUGCUUGUGGCCCACUGGUUGGCCUGCAUCUGGUAUUCGAUUGGGCGCAGCGAUGCGGAUAAUGGGAUCCAAUAUAGCUGGCUGUGGAAGCUGGCGAAUGUCACCCAAUCGCCGUAUUCCUAUAUAUGGAGCAAUGAUACGGGGCCCGAGCUCGUCAAUGGCCCAUCCAGAAAGAGCAUGUAUGUGACGGCCCUUUACUUUACCAUGACCUGCAUGACAUCGGUGGGCUUCGGCAAUGUCGCAGCGGAGACAGACAACGAGAAGGUGUUCACCAUCUGCAUGAUGAUCAUUGCAGCUCUGCUUUAUGCGACGAUCUUUGGUCACGUGACGACCAUCAUUCAGCAAAUGACCUCGGCCACAGCCAAGUACCACGAUAUGCUCAACAAUGUGCGGGAGUUCAUGAAGCUGCACGAGGUUCCGAAGGCGCUUAGCGAGCGCGUUAUGGACUAUGUCGUCUCCACGUGGGCCAUGACCAAAGGCCUCGAUACCGAAAAGGUACUAAACUAUUGUCCGAAAGAUAUGAAGGCUGACAUAUGUGUUCAUCUAAAUCGCAAAGUAUUUAACGAGCAUCCAGCAUUUCGUCUGGCCUCGGAUGGUUGUCUGCGCGCAUUAGCCAUGCACUUCAUGAUGUCACACUCGGCGCCGGGGGAUCUGCUCUAUCAUACCGGCGAGAGUAUCGAUAGUCUCUGUUUUAUUGUGACUGGCAGUCUGGAGGUUAUACAGGACGACGAGGUUGUGGCAAUAUUGGGCAAAGGCGACGUCUUCGGCGAUCAAUUCUGGAAGGACUCGGCCGUUGGCCAGAGUGCCGCCAAUGUGCGUGCACUAACCUAUUGUGAUUUGCAUGCCAUCAAACGUGAUAAAUUGCUCGAAGUCCUCGAUUUCUAUUCGGCAUUUGCGAAUAGCUUUGCACGCAAUCUGGUGCUCACCUACAAUCUCAGACAUCGACUGAUUUUUCGCAAGGUGGCCGAUGUGAAGCGCGAAAAAGAAUUGGCCGAACGGCGUAAGAAUGAGCCGCAAUUGCCCCAGAAUCAGGAUCAUCUUGUACGCAAAAUCUUCUCCAAAUUCCGGCGUACACCCCAGGUUCAGGCGGGCAGUAAGGAGCACGUUGGCUCCGGCCAAAGCGAUAUCGAAAAAGGCGAUGGCGAGGUUGAACGCACCAAGGUAUUCCCCAAGGCGCCCAAGCUGCAGGCCAGCCAGGCGACGCUGGCCCGCCAGGACACCAUCGACGAGGGCGGCGAGGUUGACUCAUCGCCGCCCAGCCGUGACAGCCGGGUGGUCAUCGAUGGCGGCGCCGCAACAACUGUUGCCACGGUGCCCGCAGCUACGCUGGCGCCUGGCGCAACGGCCAGUGCGUCCGGCGUGACAGCUGGAGCAGCAGCAACGGCAGCGAGUGGCGUCGGCAAGGAGCGCAAUCUGGCGCUGGAGCGGGAGCGCCAGAUCGAGAUGGCCAGCUCGCGUGCAACCACAUCGGACACAUACGAUACGGGGCUGCGCGAGACGCCGCCCACGCUGGCGCAGCGCGAUCUGAUUGCCACCGUGCUGGACAUGAAGGUGGAUGUGCGGCUCGAGCUGCAGCGCAUGCAGCAGCGCAUCGGCCGCAUCGAGGAUCUGUUAGGUGAGCUGGUUAAGCGAGUGGCGCCCCAAAUGGACAGCAGCGGCCAGACAACGCCCGGUGACGAGAUCUGUGCUGGUUGCGUCGCUGGCGGCGCCCCAGCAGCAUCAAUAGCAACGGCCACGGGCACACCGACAACAUCAACAGCAACAGCAACAGCAACGGCAACGGGAACGGGAACGGGAACUGCCAGCACGCCGGUGGACACUGUGAUAACGAUCUCAUCGCCGACAGCUGGCGGCGGCACAGCCAUAACAACAGCGAGCGCUGGCGCUGGCAGCGGUCUACUAAAUCCAAGCGUCCAAGUUGUGUCGAGCACGGGAGGCAACGGCCUGGGGCCGCUGAUGCUCAAAAAGCGACGCUCGAAGAGCAGGAAAGCACCGGCGCCUCCUAAGCAGACACACGCCGCAACGGCCGCAACGCUAACGGCUGCUGUUGGAUCUGUCACUGGAUCUGGUACGACGAGCGUGACAGCGUCAGCGUCUGCCACUGCAACUGCAACCGGAACUGGAACUGCAACUGGAACUGGAGCAACAGCAACGACUCCAGCUGUUGAGCUGCUGCAUUUGCGUCUGCUCGAGGAGGACUUCAGUGCCGCCCAGCUGAUGCCGGCCAGUCGGGCUGGCACGCCCACAACAACAGUCGGCACACCGCCGCCCGGCACACAGACGCCAACUACAACAACAGCAGCAGCAGCAGCAGCAGCAGCAACAAGCGCGACAACAACGCCAACGGGCAGCGGACGGAGCAUCAAGCGAGAGUUCCUCUAGCCCAAAAUAUUGGUGCGCCAUCAGUCGGCGGAUAGCAGCAGCUUCGAACAGUAACAAUUGCGCCGACUGACGCGGAUCGGGGGCCCAAGCCAUUCAGAGUUUGCCUAUGCAUACGCUUACGCUAGUCUCCAGUCCAUAGAUUGUGCAUACAAUCUAUUGUCUAUGCCCAAGUCCUUAUAUGAUGUAUAGCUCUAUAUUUAUAUAUACCUAUAUAUACAUAUAUACAUAUAUAUACAUAUAUAUACAUAUAUAUAUAUAUAUUUAUGUAUACACGAUGUAUGUGCAGCUGUCAACUAUUUUAGAUACACGUACACUCGCACUCACUAUCUACCUGUCUAUUUCUGGAAGUGUCUCUUUUUAUACUACACAAACCCGCUGACGCUGACGCUUUGGGCAAUCGGUUGAUUGAUUGUUUGAUUGAUUGAUUGACUGAUUGCUCUCAUACUCUCGCUCUCCCAACACGUGCACUUAAUGCUCUAUCUCUCUAUGUCUCUCGCUCUAACCUGACGCGCAGGCAACAUUUUGCUAGCGGUACAAAUUUUUCUCUCCCCUCUCUCUCUAUCUCUCUCUCGAUCUCUGAUGUAUCUGAUGAUGUAUGUAGGAGCUGAGAUGCUCGUUUUUGAUUAUGAAUUAAGGCAUUAAGCAUAUAGCAUAUUGCUUACGAAUUUGCUACAUUUACUGCAAUUAUUUACCUUUAUAUACGAACAAUAUUAUAUUAGAUCAGAUCAGAGGCGAACUAACUAGUUAUACAACACACACACACACACACACACACACAUGAUGUAUGCAUGAUAUACAUGAUGUAAAUGAAUAUUUUUGUGAUAAACGCUAAAGCAGGCAAACAGCAAAAAAUGCCAGUGAAUUGUACAUACAAGUAGAAUGUGCUAAAAAAAAAAAAAAAA